AUGGGCACGCGAUUGUCGGUAUCGUUCGAGGACAAGGAGGUGCUGCCACGCACCGAUCGGCCGCCGACGUUCGAUCCGCUCUACGGUUUUCCGAAGGGUCGAAAGCCGCGUGAGAUGAAGGCAAGCUGGGAAGAGAUGGAUCGGUGGAAGCUCGAACUCGGCGAUCGCGAUUACUGCGCUCAUCUGCUGAUCGCUCUCAAAAAAUGCCAGCGCCAGAAUAUGCCAUUUGCGCACUACUAUUGCGUGGAUGAGUAUCACAGUUGGCAGAACUGCGAGUACGAGGACCACCUCCUCCGAAUGAAGGAGUUCGAACGGGAAAGGCGGCUACUGAAGCGGGCAGCGAGGAAGAAGAAGGCGCAAGAAGAAGCGAAAAAGACAGCCGAGUCUCUUUCCUAG